CUACUUUAUCAACAAAAAGCACAAACUCGCCAAUUAAGGACAAAAUACACUCGAGAUUUAAUUAAGUUAUACAAAUCACACCAUGGAUUUGCUUUCAAGCAUCCGCAAAUCCGGCUCCAGAGGUGGCGUCAACUUCAGCUGGGACGAAGUUGCAAACUCUUCCCAUCGCGAGAAUUAUCUUGGCCACAGUCUCAAAGCACCUGUUGGACGAUGGCAAAAGGGUCGCGACUUGGGCUGGUACGCCAAAGCUGAAGAUGAAUCUGGAGAACCCGACGAAAAUGGAGAAACAGAGGAGGACCGCCGCGAGAAGGCACGAAAGGAAGAACUGCGCAAGAUCAAGGAGGCUGAAGAGGACGCCAUCGCAGCAGCUUUAGGCUUACCACCGCCUGUGCGAGACUCUUCUGGUGCAAAUGCAGUGGAAAUCGAUCCCAGCAAACGAAAGGUCGGGCCAGCAAGCGGGCCUCCUGAGGAAGAGGGUGGAAACGAAAAACGAGAGCGCUCAAGACGUCAAGAUGGUUCGGAAAGAAGGGAGAGAAGACGACACCGCAGUCGAAGCCACGACCGCGAUCAUGAUCGUGAACGCCGCCAUCGUAGGCACAGGAGGAGUCGAAGUCGCGAUAAAGAUGCUGGAAAGGACAGAGACGAAGAUCGACCCAGGGAGAGACGCCGAGAUAGGGAUGGGGAGAGGGAGAGGGAACACGGUCACAGACGCCAUCGCGAUGGCCAUCGAAGGGAAGGUCGAGAAGGAGGUGACCGACGAGACAGAGAUGGAAGCAGGGAGCGUCGCCGCUCGAGAUCGCGAGACCGACGCAGGCGCAGCGGUAGUCCUAAGCCUCAUCGCCGAGACUGAAGAGCCAAAGUCUAGUCUCCAGCAGCGAAUUAACCGAACAUAUGAUACCCAUAGGAACACAAGAGGUGUUCUAACAUCCGCAAUGUGU